AUGGCUUUUUUUUUCAGGACCCUGGAGAAACUGGCCAAUAUGCGGCAGUGGCUGACAUUCCAGGACCUGUGUCGCAUGGUUAGCACCCGAUAUGACCUGGAGCAUCUCAUCGAGCUUAGAAGUUUGCUGUUUGCUGCUGCUAGCCGGGACCCCUGUUUCCCAGCCACUCUUUUCAGAGACCGAGUUUCUGCCAGAGGCCAGGGGCUGUCACCCAUAGGUGUCGCUGCUGAUAUUGUAACUAUCUUCAAUCUCAUUCAGAUGACUGGUGGGACCAGUGAUGACAGUCAACCAAUGAGAGCCCAGACGGCCCUCCCUGUCGACCAGUCCCCAGGCCCUAGUCUGCCUGGAAUCCACCAGCUGAACAUCUCUGGUCAAGAAAGAGUACGCGCCCACUCUGACUCGGGUGGGAGGCCUAUCGACCAGCACUUACUGUUUCCAAAUUACUCGGCACGGAAGCGAGCAAGUCUCCCCCCCGAUCCCAUCUCACUUGUGUCAUCUCCUCCAAUGAGGGCGAGGGCUGUGUCUUUCGACCUGCCUCAUACAACACUCUUCUACCCUAGUGGUCAAAUGCCUGAUAAGGUAAUGAAGAAUAUCUACCUGCCUUUGGAGACGGACAGUGAGUCUAGUGGAGAUUCUGCGGCCAUGGAGGUGUUUGAUGCUGAACAGGGAUCGUCUUUAGACCAGAAGAGAAACAUCUUUAGGAAGAACUUCCACAACCAGCCACCUCUAAUACCCCAGGUGACUGUUAGCAGUCAGUCUCCCAGUCCCAAAGAGGAGCAGAAAGGCUUUGACAAUAACAGGUUUGAAACAAUCCCGAAUCCUUACCCAUCACCAACAACAGUCCACCAGUCACCAGAGCAGCGGGCUAAACACGAAAGCCUUGAUGACCUGCAAGACUCAACUUAUUUCGGACCUCGGUCAAUCCCAGAGUGGUCACCUCGACACCUCCAGCCCCCCAGGACCCCUAGGCGUAUCUGGAGCAACAAGAGUCAUAGUCUAGAAGACCAGAUAGACAUGGGCAGCAUUGGGAUGGGCAUGGAAUCCCAGGGGGGACAGCUUCCAAGACGAUCAUCACCUGCUAUCAGCAAUUUGGGGUCCUCCGGAGGUGAGAGUGGUGAUAGUGGAUUGCUAAGUGGAGUUGAGGGAGUCAAGGCUCAGGGAACCCAGACAGACCCACCGGACCCCCGGCGCCUCCGUAGCCUGGUGCAUGCUGAUCGCCUCUCUUUUAUGACCUCAUUAGAUGACCCUGAGUUUUGUGAGGAUGAUAUCAGUGCCAUCUUUCGUUUCUUAGAUGACAUAAGCAUGUGCGGUUCCACGGGAGUACUGCACCCCAGUGAUGCAUCAGGAGCAGCUAGCCAGGACACCCCUGAAGCCAGACGUGGCCGUCUAGGUCAACUUCAAAGGCUUUUCCACUCUCUGGAAAGCAGUGACGAUGGGCUGAAGGCCAGUGUCUGCAAACUGCUGCUCCGUAUGAGCCAAAUAGAAAGACAACUGGAGUCACUGAAUGAUGUAAAGAAUGAGAUUUCCCAGGUCCUCUCUGCUCUGCAGCGUCUGGAUGAAAAGAUCCAGCAGCCUAUCAGUGGUGGCGGACAAGGCACCGGUGGGCGGUGGCUGGAGCCUCUCAGUGGUGUCUCCUCUUUUAUGAGUCACCCUGUAACUCCUUCUGACUCUUCAGAGCCUCAGCCUCUGUCUGUAUCUGGGCAUCUGUUUCCUGGGAGCAGCACUACUAGUCUGGACUGGAAAGACUGGAACACUCCUGGAGAGCACAGAGCAAGCAUCAAAAGUCAGGCGGAUUCUAAGGGGGGUAAAGAAGGGAAGAAGGAUGGACCAUCUCGUCGUGCCUCCAAAACUCAGCCGGAAGACAAAAACAUCUCUGAUUCCAAACAGCUAAAUGUUUCUAACUCUGCAAGAGACUGGGCAGUGUCAUUCACUAAAAGUAAAGAUGGCAAAGCUUCACAUGGAAAAGUUGGACGGGAAGAUCAGUCAGGCAGCACAGUUAAUCUAGUCUCCCAGAAGUCUUCCAGCCUGGUGGAACAAGUGUUUAACUCAUCCCUGUUCCGCCACAAAGACAGCAGUCUGACAGGUGGGCUAACCUCUGGGAAGAUUAUCGACCCCAGGUUGGCUGAGGGGCGAGGAAGGCCCAUCUGGACUGUAGACGACCGAGAGGCUCGAAUAUCCCCUUUGGAUUUACAGGGCCAGGAUUCUCUGAACCCCAACAACAUGGAAUUCUGGGUGGAUGACAUCUACACUCCAGGCUAUGAUGCUCUACUCAGGCGUAAAGAGGCUGACGUGCGCCGGGCCAAGGUCUGCAAGCUGCUUGCUCUCAUUGCCACUGCACUGACUAUCAUUAUCAUCAUUGUUGUUCCCAUUUGCACCAUGGCCUCCUGAAGACCCACACAGGCAGCACACAUCGUUGCUCAUUUUUAGUUUAUUUAUUAAUUUAUUUUCAGCAGCUGUGGGCUGUACCCAGGAGCCUGUGUGCCAUUCUCAUGGAGAUCAGUAGACUGUGACACUGUACAACCCUAAAAUUGGGUCUGUGAUCAUUUACAGUAGCACACGGUACCUCCUUACACUCUGCAUGUGGCACCAUUAUUUAUAACUUCAGAAAAACAGCAAAAUUCACACUGUAGCUUACUUUAAAAUCACACGAAUGUAGUCCCUAAUACAAUUACAACUCUAAGUAAUAGCCAAUGCCAAGUCUUUUUUCUCCCAUAUACAUCGUUCUUAAAAAAAUAAAAAAUAACUCCAAGAGCCAAGAGCCUAUGUUGAAAAUACUAACACUGAGCCAAAGCAGAAAUGUCAGUUUUUGAUUUCUCAUUUUUUUAUUUUAACUGCUCUUUUCUGAGAAACAGCACUAUUAUAAAUGUAUUGUAAUGAGCUUCAGCCUUGAGCACUGCCUGACUCUUUUUUGAUGUUCCAUUGAGAACGUUACAGGGCUUACUUCACUUCUAAGGUAAUAGUUUUACCAGUACACAAGAGUUUUACAUCUAAUCUAUAGUUUAUAAAUGAAGACUGUGG